UGCAAACUUGCAUACAAAAUGUUGUCUAGCUACUUGCUGGUACAGCUGCUGCUGCUCCUAAAACUGGCGGUCGUUGAGAACUCUGUGGCCACGUCAACGCAUGACAUGGCGCGAGUGCUCCAAGGCGAGAACGAUCUGCUCACGGAUUUGCGCCUCUACGUGGCCGGUCUGGAACGCAAGGUGAAUCUCACCCGCUUGAUUCUGGAUGAUGCCAUCAAGCGGCAGCAGCAGGCCAGAAUCGAUCCGGAGGCCUAUGUGGCCAAUCCGCUGAACAGUCUGCCUUUGGUGCGGCGCAUGCACAUGGAUGCGGGCAAGAUACUGAAGAGCAUGAAGCUGGAACCGGCUGCAGAUCAGCAGCAGAUAUCGGACUAUCGCCUGGACGUGAUUACCGAAACGGAUCUGGAGGAGGCGAUCAAGGGCUUGCUGCGCAUACAGCAGAUCUAUGAGCUGGACGAGCGGCACAUGGUGCAGGGCCAGCUCAGCCAGAAGCAAUACAACGCCAGGCUGAGCACACUCGACUGCCUGGCCGUGGCACGGCAUCUGCGCAAGAACGGCGAGGACGAGCAGGCCAUCAGGUGGCUGGAGCUGGCGCUGGAGCAGUACCCGGGCACGCCGGAACCCGUCUACCAGCUGCUGAAGAUCGACCGUGCGGCAAUACUGCGCGAACUAGCACACAUUCAAAUAACCCGGGACAAUUGGCCAGCCGUGGGGCGCAGCUAUGCACAGGUGUUGGAGCAUGCCAGCAGAGCGCAGGACAAACAGGAAGCUCUGGCUUUCAUUGCGGCUGCCAAGCAGCAUCUCGUGCACUUGCGCCUUUGUCGCGGGCACAGUCUUCCCUUAGUCAGCUCCUCGCUGCGCUGUCGCUACAAUACGGCGUCGGCGCCCUUUCUGCGCCUGGCGCCACUCAAGCUCGAGCAGCUGAGCCUGGAUCCCUACAUGGUGCUCUAUCACGAUGUCGUCCAGGCCAACGAGCGCGAGCACAUCAUGCAACUGGCCAAGCCCCAUUUGCGUCGCGCCCUUGUGGGCGCAGCCAGGGCGCACUCUCAACGCUUUGCUAUGAACGCGGGCUUCUCCUACAACGAUUCACGUCAAGGACAGCGCCUGCGUCAACGGCUCGAGGACAUGUCCGGCUUCGAUCUGACCAACAGCGGCCAGCUGGCCGUGCUCAACUAUGGCAUUGGCGGGCAGUACUAUAUGCACUACGAUUGCUGGUUCAGCCAAGACGACGCUGCCCAAGUUGCGUCCAUCAAAGAUAAUCGCAUUGCCACCAUUUUGCUCUACCUGACGGACGUGCAGCUCGGCGGACUCACCUCCUUUCCGGCCCUGGGCCUGGCCGUGCAGCCGAGCCCGGGCUCGGCCCUGAUCUGGCACAAUAUGAACAAUGCGGCCGAAUGCGACAGACGGACGCUGCACGCCGCCUGCCCACUUCUACUGGGCACUCGCUGGGUGGCCACGCAGUGGAUCGAUGUGAAGGGCCAAUGGCGCACCAAGCGCUGCCUGGCGAACCCCUCGAAUUAAUUGAUACAAAAAAAAAA